GAAAAGUCGUCGGUGGCUGCUGAGCAGCAGUAGCAGCAGCAGCAGUGAGCCAGUGCCAGCGACAGUGGCCGCCCAGUGGUACCUACAGUUGGCUGCAAGCAGUUCGGUGGUUCCGGUGGCAGCAGUAGCAGCCAGCAGUGCACAUCCUGAGCUUGGGCGGGUCGUCCCGGGACCUUGCAGCCUGGGCCACCGGUGAUCCGGAACCAUCAUCGGGUCUGGAUCGUCACUGGCUGGCACCCAGCAACCUUCCUUCAGGGGGGAACUGUUCCGUACGCCCCGAGAUCAUAAUCGGUGUGGUCCCGUGGUGUAGUCCGUGUAGUGAGAACAGUUCCUUGUCCUUGGAUUGUCCUGUGGUGUGUUACGGUUGGUUCGGUGGUGCAGCGCUUGUGGUCAGUGGUUGAGAGUCUGGUCGACACUGUUUGCCACUUGAGGUCUUUAGCAAAGAUGUGGCCUCUUGGUGCAAUGGCCUGGGAUACUUAGUGGUUGCAAGCAAAACGCCCUAGUGGUCGGUGUGAGUGUAUGUGUGCUUGUGGUUUGUGUGUGUGCGUCUCUAGUGUGGUCUCUUGCUUGGUGUGGCGUUGCAAAGGUCUCGGUGAAUCCACUUGCAGAAGGUCGAUUGGAAUGUUACAUACCUUGAUGGACAUUUUUUGGAGGAUAGACUGAAGCUGGGAGUAUCGGAAGCCACGGCUAUAGACCAAACCUGCGAUGAGUUUAUCGUGGAGGCCACACUACUAGCCCACUGCGCACCGCACUUGCCGUAAGCUGUGGCAUUAAGAUAGUGCCAUCGGCGAGAACUGACCGAGUGAGGCCAUUCAGCCCAUAAGGCCUUUUCCUGCAGCGCAUUCGACGGCCGCGGCUGGACCGAUUGGCCCCUACUGAAGCACCUGACCAGCAUCCCAGUUACCAGGCAACAACCACCAUGCCGGGAUUCGCCGAUCUGAAGGACCGUGCGUCCAACGUGUUUGGCGGCGGUUUCGAGAAGUUCGAGAUGCCAAAGCACGGGUACGACCAGAUGGAUGGAGCGGCGGUCGGUGGCGGAGCGUACCAGGCCGGUGCCGACACCGGUGGCAACGAUUCGCCGAUGUCGUUCGAGGAGAUCGAACGGCCACCGCUCCGCCACGUCGACAAGUACGUCCGGGCCGAGUGUCCAUGCAUCAAGACGACCCGCUACACGAUAUCGCUGAUGACCUGCCUCGGUUUCAUCAUAUCGUUCGGCAUGCGCUGCAACAUGGGCAUGGCCAAGCUGCAGUUCGAGAACGGGUCCGUGAAGUACAACUGGACGGUGGCGAUGGAGAGUGCGGUCGAUUCGUCGUUCUUCUGGGGUUACCUCGUCACGCAAGUGCCCGGUGGUUUCCUGGCGUCCAUGUUCCCGGCCAAUCGCAUCUUCGGCACGGCCAUCGCCAUGUCGGCCUUCCUCAAUCUGCUCGUCCCGGGCGCCAUGAUGCUGCAUCCCACCGUCGUUAUUCUCGUCCGCGUACUCCAGGGACUGGUCGAGGGCGUAACGUACCCGGCAUGCCACGGUAUCUGGCGCUUCUGGGCGCCACCGCUCGAACGUUCGCGGUUGGCGACGAUGGCGUUCAGUGGUUCGUACGCGGGCGUUGUGAUAGGGAUGCCGAUGUCCGGUAUACUGACCGGUUCGAUCAGCUGGCACGCACCGUUCUACUUCUACGGUGUGAUGGGCCUGAUCUGGUACUGCUUCUGGUUGUGGCUCUCGUUCGAGAAACCACGCCAACAUCCCACCAUCUCCGUGAAGGAGCUCAAGUACAUCGAAAAAUCGCUCGGCGACUCGGUGUCGCUGCCGAUGCCGACCAUUGCAACGACUCCGUGGCGACACUUUCUCACCUCGAUGCCGGUGUACGCGAUCAUUGUGGCAAACUUUUGCCGCUCGUGGAACUUUUACCUGCUGGUGCUGUACCAGAGUGCCUAUCUGAAGCACUCGUUUGACUUCCGAAUCGAAGAGACUGGUAUUCUAGGAGCACUGCCUCACCUGCUAAUGACCAUCAUUGUACCGUUCGGCGGUAUGCUGGCCGAUCACAUCCGGAAAACGGGUCUCCUGUCGACGACGAACGUCCGCAAGCUGUUCAACUGCGGUGGAUUCGGACUGGAGGGACUGUUCUUCUUGGUCGUGGCGCAUGCCACCAGUCCGAUGGGCGCAGUGACGGCACUGACGCUCGGUGUGGCGUUCAGUGGGUUCGCCAUAUCGGGUUACAACGUCAAUCAUCUCGAUAUUGCCCCACGGUAUGCCAGUAUCCUGAUGGGCAUGUCGAACGGGAUAGGCACGAUAGCCGGGCUGAUCUGCCCGAUAGCGAUUGAUCACCUUACGAGAGGCCAGCCAAAAUCUUGCUGGUCAACGGUGUUCACGAUAGCGGCCACCGUACACUUGGUGGGCAUCACAUUCUACGCCAUUUUCGCUUCCGGUGAGCUACAGCCGUGGGCCGAACCGACGCUCGACGAGCAGCGUGCCUGGGAUCCGGUCGGUACCGGGUACGAAAAGGAGACGGCGUUCAACGAAGCGACCGGCGGUGGUGACGAUGGAAUGGGUGGUACAGCGGCGGCGGUUCCCUUCGGUAAUCCAUCGGCGCAGAUCAACAGCACCAAGACGGUGAGCUACGGGGCGAUGCAGCACGUCGCCGGCAAUCCGUUCGCCAAUCCAACCGCCACCAUCAGCGAAGAACCGGUGCAACCGGAGGCGAGGGACACGUAUCUACACGGAAACCCUACCGAACGUACCUAUUGACCUGUGCGCGCCAAGAAAACCGUAACAUUCUGCUUGCAUUAGGCGAGCAGCUGCCGUAACAUAACAGCCUGAUUAAUGUCCUGAUGUCCUGGUUUACUUACGUACAUUAACGCUAUAUUUAAUCCAAAAAAAACAAUUGAGUCUACCAACACCGAGCACUGAGCAGUACCGCAGACUAGGGAGGAGAAGAGAUAAAAGGGCCACUAGAGGUAAAGAGGUGAGUUCGAAUAUUGCCGAACUGGGUGGUUAAGUAAAAAGGAAAAAAACAGAAAUACAAAUUAAACACUAACCCUGCUUAAGCAAUUAUAAACCACUAGAUAGUGACUAACAAAUAUACUUGAAUAUCUAGCGAAGAAGCACAUCGUAUUUACAUACAGAGAGAGAGAGAGAGAG